UGCCUUCCUGCCUCUGCGUCUCCCCCUCCGGGUGGCCACAGCCAGUGACAGAGACUCCCGGGCCUGGCCUGGGCGGGGGGGGGGGGGGCUGGGAGAAGCUGCCCCCGCCAAAGGCACCCCCCUCCUGCCGCCUCCCCGGGGGCUGAGCAGUGGGGUCCUCUCGCUCUCCCGCGGCAGGUUCAGGAGGCGCCGAGCCUCUUCUGGCCAGGGCUGGUGGGCUUCCCAUGCGGGGCUGGGGGCUGAGGUGGGUCCGAACUUGAAGGGUCAAGAGAAGGGCGGGCUCUUCUGGCCGGAUGUGCAGACAUCAAAAGACCUGUGCUUGGAAACGGGUCUUGGUCGCUGCUGGUGCCUUUCCCAGAACUGGACGUCACCAGGCUUUGUUUCCGUGAACUCCUGGUGUUUUAAUUGAGGAGCAAGGCAUCACAUACUUCCGGGCUGGAAAGGAAAUGGCCAGAUAAACAGAUGUGCCCCCCUCCUUCGGAUGUUCCUGCCGUGAAAGUGUGAGCGGGAGCCGCCGGUGAGCCAUGUCCCAGAUGUUGCACAUCGAAAUCCCCAACUUUGGGAACACGGUCUUGGGCUCCCUGAACGAGCAGCGGCUCCUGGGGCUCUACUGCGAUGUCUCCAUCGUGGUGAAGGGCCAGGCCUUCAAGGCCCACCGGGCGGUCCUGGCGGCCAGCAGCCUCUACUUCCGGGACCUGUUCAGCGGGAACAGCAAGAGCGCCUUCGAGCUCCCUGGCUCGGUGCCGCCGGCUUGCUUCCAGCAGAUCCUCUCCUUCUGUUACACGGGGAAGCUGACCAUGGCCGCCAGCGAGCAGCUGGUCGUGAUGUACACGGCAGGCUUCCUCCAGAUCCAGCACAUCGUGGAGAAAGGGACAGACUUGAUGUUCAAAGUGAGCUCCCCGCACUGUGACUCCCAGACCGCCGUGACGGAGGACCCCAGCUCGGAGCCGCAGAGCCCCUGCAACCAGCUGCAGCCGGCCUCCGGGCCCCACGCCAUGUCCCCUUCCGUGCCCAUCCCGCUGCUCACCCGGGUCAAGCACGAAAGCCUGGAGCUGCAGCCGAUGGGCAAGCGGGCCUUGGAGGCCACCGGGCUGCGGGAGGCCAGCGGAGGCAGCUCUUCCGGCUCGGCCCUUCCGCUCAAGCUCUCCCGCCUCUCCUACUACGGCGCGCCCAGCCUGGCUGCUCUCAUCCCCGGCAUGUCCCAGGCUCCGUACUCCCAGGGGGAGCGGACCAGCCCCGGGGCCAGCAGCAUCCCCACCACCGACAGCCCGACCUCCUACCACAACGAGGAGGACGAGGAGGAGGACGAGGCCUACGACACCAUGGCUGAAGAACAGUACGGGCAGAUGUACAUCAAGUCCACCGGCGGCUACGCAGGGCCUCCAGAGAAGCCGGAGCCGGGCCCCCUGGAGAGCCGCUCCUGUGUCCUCAUCCGGCGUGACUUGGUCGCUCUUCCCGCCAGCCUGAUCAGUCAGAUUGGGUACCGCUGCCAUCCCAAGCUCUAUUCAGAAGGAGAUCCUGGAGAAAAACUUGAACUGGUUGCAGGCUCUGGGGUUUACAUCACUCGAGGGCAGCUCAUGAACUGUCAUUUGUGUGCAGGCGUGAAACACAAGGUCCUCCUCCGGCGCCUCCUGGCCACGUUCUUUGACAGGAACACCCUGGCCAACAGCUGCGGAACUGGAAUCCGGUCUUCCACCAGUGACCCCAGCCGGAAGCCCCUGGACAGCAGGGUCCUGAAUGCUGUGAAACUAUAUUGUCAGAAUUUUGCCCCAAGCUUCAAGGAGAGCGAGAUGAAUGUCAUUGCGGCUGACAUGUGCACCAAUGCCCGCCGCGUACGCAAGCGUUGGCUUCCAAAGAUUAAGUCCAUGUUGCCGGAGGGCAUGGAGGUGUAUCGCUCUGUCAUGGGGGCCACCAGCAGCACCAGCAGCAGCGUCCCUCUGGACCCCGACUUCCAGCCCUCGGCUGCCCAGAUGUUUGAACAACGGAUCUAUGCCGAGAGGAGGGGCGACCCCGGGACGAUCGUGGCCUUGAGAACUAGCACAGUCGCCGUCGAUCCCAGCGGUGGCUCCAGCCAACUGUGUGAGCCCAGCGAUGAGGCCGAGGGGGGCGGCUCGGUCAUCCAGGCCUCGGCCAGUCCGGCAGCCAUGGCUUCCGAGAGCCAAAGCACCACACCGCCUUUCGAACCCGGGCCGGGCUCCAUCAGCCGGCCGGAAACGCCUGUGAGGCGGCAGGAGGGGACUUACGGGGGGGGCGUAUGAAGGAGAGCGGCCCAGAACGUGGCGCCCGGCCGGCAAGGGGCCUAUAAUACUGCAGCUGCUUGCAUGCGUUAUUAAUACCGAAAUGUGAUCGAACCAUUUACCUACUGAACUGCUACUGUUGCCUGAGAAAAAUGUGAUCUUUAUUCUGCUUGUAUUUAAGAUUUAUGAAGGAAAUAUCACAUUGGUUAUAGUGUCA